GUCUGGUUUACCAUCCAUGACAGAGACAGUUUCCAUACCAUUGUGUUUAAACAUGAUUUUCCUUUCUUUCAAAGAGAGAAACUGAGAGUUGGUAAAGUUAAAGGAGAAUGGAUAAGGCUCUCACUAAACUGGGAAGUGCUUGGAUCUCCAAGAAAGCCAAGGCAGAGAUUUCCCACAUAACUGACGAUCUAUCAGCUCUCUCAACUACUGUGGAAGAAAAGACAAAACUUUUCAUCAACAAGCUGAAAGGAAAAUCCCAGAAGGCUUUACCAGAUCUUCUUCGAGAGUACAACCUUCCUCCUGGUCUGUUCCCCCGGAACAUAACUUGCUACGAGUUUGAUGUAGCUAAAGGAAAGUUGGUGGUGCACUUGAGCUCUCCCUGUGAGGUGUGCUUCAAGGACUCAUCCAUUGUGAGGUAUGCAAACCGUGUGAAAGGGAGCUUAACAAAGGGUAAGUUGAAUGUUUUAGAUGGAAUGAAGACCAAGGUUCUUGUGUGGGUCAAGGUCACCAGUGUUGCUGUUGACAGUUACAAAUCUGACAAAGUGUGGUUCACUGCUGCUGGAGUUAAGAAAUCAAGGCCCAAAGAUGCCUAUGAAAUGCCUCGUGAAGCUAUUAAGGUAGAAUCAUUUUGAACCACUUUAUAAUAUGGUGAUUCAAUUCAAAACUUAUGUAUUAUUUGCAAUGGCUGUAUUAUUAGACAAUUGAUUUUUCUUUCCUUGGUAAGUUUAGAGGUAUUGUAUAUGCUGUUGCAUUUGAAAUUCACUCUGAGCUAUGUAUGAUGUCAAGAAAAGUGCAUGCGCUGCCAAAUUUGCAAUUUCAA